CUGCUGCCCGGUGAGGUGGUCGCCAUUGACGGCAAGACGGCCCGACGGUCCUACGACCGGGCGGGGGAGCAAGGGGAGCCAUGCAUCUGGACGGCGGAGAAGUCCAAUGAGAUCACCGCCAUUCCCCAACUGCUGGACUUGCUGGAUCUGCACGGCUGCAUCGUGACCAUUGACGGCAUGGGCUGCCAGCGGGAGAUUGCCCAGCAGAUCACAGACGGCGGGGCCAAUUACGUCCUGGCGGUGAAGGAGAACCAGGGUCAACUCCACGAGGGCAUCCGAGACCUGUUCGAGGGGGCGGGGCGUUGGGCUUUGACGGGGUGCCCUACGACUACUCCCAGACCGUGA